AUGUCCAACAUGUCUCAAGUAACCAAGUCUUUCGAGGAGCACAAAAUCAUCCCAGAUGUCCUGCCGGCCGGGACCCAAGUUCCACACAACCUGGGAGUCCACUGGCCCAAGGUGAAUCUCCGGGCGCCAGGAGAGCGGCUGCACAGAGACGAGCUCCAGGAGCUUCCGACAAUAACGACCGACUUCAAGCCAGAGGAAGAUGCCGAAACACAAGAGUACGUGCUCCUGAUGGUGGACCCCGACCUGACGCACUACAACGACCGCACCUUUGGCCAAGUGCGCCACUGGCUGGUGCCCAAGGUGAAGGUGUCCAGGGACGGCAACGUCGUCAUCAACGAGGCGACCACCAUCUCCCCCUACGUCGGGCCCGCACCGCUGGCCGCGCACCUCGUGGUCGGCGAGUCCCGCCCCAGCCGCUACACGUUCCUCUUGUUCAAGCACAAGACGGCCGGCCCGCCCGCCGUGCUGGACCCGGACACGCUCAAGGCGCACUACGAGGGCAACGUGGGACAGUUUGGCGGCGAGAUGCAGCACAUAAUCGACCGCAUGGGCUUCGACACGGGCGUGUUCAUGGCAAAGAAUGGACUCGAGGUCGUGGCGGGCACUUUCAUGUUUGUCGAGGGCAACGUCAAGAGCAGCUUGGCCAAUGCUGGUUUAUUGGCUACGGGUGUGGCUCAAAAGGUGGCAGGGAAGUAA